AUGGUCCCAUCCACGCUCGCCGUCAAGGGCGCCAUCCUGGCGUACUCUUGUCUGGGAAGCGGUCCGCUACUGGUGACCGUCCCAGGCGCCAACGGAGACGCGGUCCUCUUUAACCAGACCGUGCCCCACCUGGCCAACAACUUCACCGUCUGCUCUUAUGACCGCCGCGGUUUCAACCGCAGCGUCUUCACCGGGCCCAACGACCUGAACAUGCCCGUCCGGCUGCACACCGACGCCGACGACAUCGCCGCCCUGAUCGACCACCUGUCGCCCGGCAAGCCCGCCCUCGUCUUCGGCACCAGCAGCGGGGCCAUCGUGUCCCUGGACCUCCUAUCCCGCCACCCGGAAGCCGUGUCCUUCCUCGUCGCCCACGAGCCGCCCUUGUCCAAAAGCCUCGGCAACGCUGGCGCCCAGGUGCAGGCCGCGUUUGAAAACUGCGAGGACACUUUCUACAGCGAGGGCAUCGACGCGGCCGCGGAGGCGUUCCUGGGCCCCGUCGUGACCUCGGACGCCGAGUCCGUGGCAACGCAUUACGUCCUGGAGUCGCCGGAUCGCGCCGCCAGCGCGGCUCUCUUCUUCGCCCACGAGAUCAACCACUACACGUCCUAUUCGGUCGACACGGCCGCGCUCCAGGCAGCCAAGGACAAGCUCGUUUUCGACAAUGGCGAUGCCAGCACUGCGCCUGCCACCAACAUGACGGAGAUGCUCGCGCAGAGCAUCGGCGUCGCCGUGGAGCACACGCCCGGUGGCCACCUAGGCUACGUCUCCAAACCGGUCGAGUUCGCGGCGGCGCUUGCUGAAAUUUUCGCCGCGCACGGAAAGCUGUAG